GGAGCACCUACGUUUUUGAGCACGUAGGAAGAACCGCUCACUCGCUUUGGGCCUUGACCGACCCAUACUGGCUUGACAAUCUUGUUGACAAUGGAUGCGGCUGGGGCAAAUACAAUAUAACAUGGUGAUAUUCGGUGGCAAUGAUGGCUACUCUAGGAAGAUCAUGUACCUCAAUGCUGGAUCCAACAACACAGCGAGUACUGCGCUUCAAUUUUUUUCUGGAUGGAGUGAGGAGAUUUGGAUGGCCUUACAAGGUAAGAGGUGACCAGGGUGUUGAAAAUGUCCGCAUUGCCGAGAUGAUGUUCACUGUGAGAGGCACAGGACAUGUAAGCGUUAUAAGUGGAAAAAGUGUGCACAACCAGAGAAUCGAACGCCUAUGGAGGGACGUUUGGACAGGAGUUACACACGUCUACUAUGACGUAUUACACAGCCUGGACGAAGAUGGAUCCCUCGACAUCUCGGAUAAUCUUCAUCUCUUCUGUGCUCAGUACACCUUCCUCCCCAGACUCAAGGCUGAUUUGGCCAAGUUUCCUGCUGGAUGGAAUGAUCAUCCUAUCAGGACAGAGGGCUUCCUCUCCCCAAACCAGCUGUGGGAGCUUGGGAUGCUGCAGCGCCCCAUCAGAGAGCCAGAGAUGUCUGAGGAAAAUGUGGCAGCAUUCCAAAUUGAGGAUAUUGAUUGGGAGAGCUCAGUGCUCUCUCAUGAUAACUCUACCAACCCAGGUGUUACCGUGCAGAAAUGGAAUGUCCAUUGAAGACAGAGGACAUUGAAACUCUACGCCUUGCCAUUGAUCCCCUUUCUCAUUCAAACAGUUUUGGAAGAGACAUUUAUUUGACCACACUCACACAUGCUUUAUACCUACUUCACCAUCAUUGACAGUCGUGUCUGUGCCAAUCAGAAGACUAAAAGCUUUAAUUAUUCACGAUGAUUCAUGAUUGCACAAGUCCAGUCUAGGACCCCAUGUAUCCAGGCACCUUAUAGUCCACCUUCCAUUCACAGCAAACCCAUUGAAAAUAAAUAAAUAACAAA